GCGAGCAUCGAGGGCGUGAGCGCGCAAGAGCUGUUGCUCAGAGCAGCACAUGAGCGUCCGCGCUCCUCUCAGAUUGUUAUUCUCAUCAUUUUAUCAUCGAUUUGUGAGCGAUUGACUGAUUGAUUGAUAUAUUAUGUCUGUGAUGGAGGAGUACGAGCGCGCGCCCAAGCGCCUGAAGGUGUCAGCUGAGGAUGAGGAGGAGCUGGAGGAAGGCGAGGAGUCAGACUCAGCAUCCCCGGGGCUCAUGGGUGAAGAUGAGGAGGAUGAAGGGCAAAGAAGAGCUCGAUGGAGCUCCUCGGAUAGGAAGGACAACGGCUCGGAGACUCACCGCAUCGCUCCGUCUCCCGUCGUCCACGUCCGAGGGUUGUGUGAGUCGGUGGUGGAGGCUGAUCUGGUCGAGUCCUUGGAGAAGUUCGGAAACAUCUGUUACGUGAUGAUGAUGCCGUUCAAGCGCCAGGCUCUGGUGGAGUUCGAGGAGGCUCAGAGUGCCGACCGGUGUGUGUCGUGCGGCUCCCAGGAGGCCGUGUACAUCGCGGGCCAGCAAGCCUUCUUCAACUACUCCACCAGCAAACGCAUCACGCGGCCCACCAACGCCGACGACCCCAACAGCGGCAACAAGGUCCUGCUGCUGUCCAUCCAGAACCCGCUCUACCCCAUCACUACGGAUGUUUUGUACACAGUCUGUAAUCCAAUCGGAAAUGUGCUGCGGAUCGUCAUCUUUAAGAGGAACGGAAUCCAGGCAAUGGUGGAGUUUGAGUCCAUCCAGAACGCCCAGAAGGCCAAAGCUGCCCUGAAUGGGGCCGACAUCUACGCCGGCUGCUGCACGCUGAAAAUCGAAUACGCUCGGCCCUCACGCCUCAACGUCAUCAGAAACGACAACGACAGCUGGGAUUACACCAAACCCUUCCUGCUGAGACGAGAGCGCGGUAAAGGCCGACAGCGACAGGCCAUCCUGGGAGAACAUCCGUCCUCAUACAGUGACAACGGAUACGGCUCGCACUGCCCCCUGCUGCCUCUGCCCAGUAAUAACCGCUUCAAGCGAGUCUCUCAUCAUGACGUCCCCGAGGUGGUGUCCUAUCCGCUUCCUCAGAGCUCCGCCUCCUACAUGAGCCACGCCUCCAGCGCUGUUGCCAUGGUGAGCGGCCUGCAUCCCAACAAGAUGAACUGCACUCGCAUCUUCAACCUCUUCUGUCUCUACGGCAACAUCGAGAAGGUGAAGUUCAUGAAGAGCGUCCCGGGCACAGCUCUUGUGGAGAUGGGUGAUGAGUAUGCGGUGGAUAGAGCGAUCACACACCUCAACAGCAUCAAGGUCUUCAGCAAACGGCUCAACGUCUGCGUGUCGAAGCAGCACGCUGUGAUCCCCAGUCAGGUGUUUGAGUUGGACGACGGAUCCAGCAGCUACAAAGACUUCGCCAUGACCCGCAACAACCGCUUCACCAGCGCCGGACAGGCGUCCAAGAACAUCAUCCAGCCUCCGUCCUGCGUCCUCCACUUCUACAACGUCCCGCCCUGCGUCAGCGAGGAGGACCUGCAGCGGUUAUGCACAGAACACGACGUCCCAGGAUUCAUCAAAUACAAAGUGUUUGACGCCAAACCCAGUUCAAAGACCAUCUCUGGUUUGCUGGAGUUCGACAGUAAAACUCACGCCGUGGAGGUUCUGACGGUUCUCAAUCAUUAUCAGAUCCGGAUACCCAAUGGUUCGAACCCGUACACGCUGAAGCUGUGCUUCUCCACCUCCUCACAUCUCUGAGCCGGAGCGUCUCCAUCACGUUUCUGUCCUCAUCUGUAAAUCAAACAAGGAAACUGACACACACACGCACGCACACACACUCUCUGGAUGUAAACAAUAAUGAUGUCACUGACGGCGGGACCACGGAAAACACAAGGAAGAGCCAAUGAACGACUGUUUCGUUCGAUUUAUUAUUCAAUUUAUGGCGUUUUUCCUCGUCUGUUCUGACAUUCGAUAAACACGGCGUGAACUGAAACACUGAAUGAAUGGAUGAAUGAAGAGCUGAACUGACGUGUGCAUGACACUGAGAACAUGGACCUCGUGUGGUUUAUUAUUUAUGUGUACAGAAGCAGGGUUUACUAGAGACUGAAGGAUCGCCUGCUGGGUUAGCCGCUUAGCUAGUCACAUGACCUGUAGUCUGUCUGUGCGUUUGUUGUAGUUCUGGGUUUGGUUAGAUGACUGUGAGAUGCUUUGAUCAAUGUCCGUGUUAUAGAUCGACUGCAGCCCUGAUCCAAACACACGAUCAUCACGUGACGCUCAGGGUUUCGUACGUGUGGACCUUCAUUGGUUGUUCUCCAAGCAGAUCUUUUUCACCGUUACUGAUCCUGUAGUUUGAUCUCGUUGCAGUUUUUGCUCAACCGUCAGCGAUGACAAAUUACGUUUCCAUUGAAAACGGCGAAAAAUAGAAA